CUUAGUUAAAUGUUGAAUUGCAUAAGUUUAUUUAAUAUUGUAAGAUAGUGAAAGAACAUUAAACAAGAAUUUCAGGGGAAGUUGAAAAUAUAAUAAUUUUAAUUGGAAUUAAAAGAUUUAAACAGACUCAAUGGCAUCAGUAGUGAAAAAGCCUUUGCCCAAAAGCCUCAGCAACUAUAUUACAUUCAUCAAAGAAAUGACAGAUUACAUUAGAGCAUUGCAGCAAUUCGUUUCCGAACUUCUGCCAAAACUUGACGAAAUUAAACGAACGCUGCUGGAGAAGAAGUCCGCCGUGGAAGAGCUCCAAAAGUAUUUGAAACCAAGAAAAUCCAAAAAUAAAUUUAAAGCCAAAACUUUUCGUUCCUCACGUGCAAGAAAAGGACCAAUGGAAGACUUAAAACAACUUGGACUCAGUGUGUUUGCUGCCAUUCAGAUGAAAAGGAGAUCGGAAUUUUUGAUACGCCGAAUUCUGGGACUUAUUGGCACAUGGAGUUCUCCAGCUGCCAAACAAAAUUUUGGAGAUCGACCGAUUUUGAGAUGGAAUAACAGCUAUGAUGUCACAGUUCUACGUCAGCCUUUUAAAAACGCAUCUGCAGUCAAAGGAGCAUACAUAAUAAAAAACAGUUUCGUCUGGUAAUAUGUUUUGGAAUUGCUGACUUCAGUAAUAAUGAAAUCUAG